CUCGCCGGGGGUCCCCCAACCCGCAGCUGACCUCCUGCUGACGUCAGAAUCUUUCGCAAAGCUUUUGAGCGCGAGCAUAUGUGCUGCCAUGGCGCCCUGAUGAGGGGCAUUGCCUCGUGCAAAAGUUAUGAGAUCAGAGAAGAAUGGUGAACAACUUGCCAAUGCUACCUAGGUCCUAGGACCUAGGUUCUAGAACUUUUCAGCAGCAGAACGAAUUGCUGCAUGCAAAGCUGUGUCCUCCUUUCAGCCUCCUUUCAGCUCGUAUCAGGGGUUGAUUUCUAGCUCCGAUUUCGCUCAGACUUGCUCGCUUUCUAAUAUCGCCACUAACAUUGCUGAGCCCCACAUUUUAAGUUUCUCGCCUGGUGACAGCUGCUUGCAGCAUUUUGAAUCCCUUCAAAGGAAGUCUCUGUCCGCAUCCGAUCUCUUACCUAGCAGAAUGGUGUGCAAGGAGUGCGUUGACGUCGGGUUCACUUGGGAUGGAGAGCCAGUGGGGAAGGAAGUGGACCUGAAUGGGAUCAAGGCCUAUGUGGCUAUGCCAGCAAAGGAGACCAACAAGGCUGUGAUUCUGGCAAGUGAUGUCUUCGGGUACGACAAGAAGAACCCCCGCCUGUAUGCCGACCGCCUCGCUGAAGCGGGUUUCCUCGCGGUCCUCCCUGACCUCAUUAAGGGCGACCCGAUGACCAACUUCGCGGAGAAGGACGCGUGGCUCGCACGUCACCCCUUUGACGAAGUCGAGUCGAUGCUGACGUCAGUCCUGGAGGCCGUGGCGAAGGACCACGGGGCGACGUCGUUCGGCGUCGUCGGGUUCUGCUGGGGGGGGCACUUCGCCGCGAAGCUGGCGGCGACCGAUAAUGUCAAGGCGGUGGUUAUCAACCACGGUUCGAUGCUGAAGCAGGAGCAUAUCGACGCGCUGAAGCAGCCCGCGCUGUUCAACUGCAACGAGAACGACCCGCAGAUCCCGGACGAGUUCCGCGCGAGGAUCUGGGAGACGCUCAAGGCGAAGGACAACGGCAGCGCGGUGAACCUGUUCCUCGGCAAGGGCGUGACGCACGGGUUCUCGCUGCGGGGAGACGAUAAGGACCCGGUCGUGUCGCAGGCGGCGAAGGCGGCGUUUGUCGCUGGGGCGGACUUCUUCAGUCACUACUUAUGAAGGUCGGAGCUGAGCAGUAGCCAGAGCAGGUUAUAGAGGCAUGCAAUGGAAAAGCAGUAAGGAGGUAUCCGCACAGUCAAACAAAGGUCAGAAGAGUCCGGUCAAUCGACAAUUCUAGUAGGUAGGUGUAGAAUAUCAUAUGCAUGCUUAGAUGAACUUGGAGGGAUCAGCAGCAGGACGUGCAGAAUUCCCCGUUAUUCUUGAAAAAAUGUCGACUAGCUCUGGUAAUUGGGGAGGAUCAACAUUUUAUUGUUAGUGAUCAUGCGGCCUGUUCCGGUGGCAACAUAACUUCAUGAUCUAGCUUUGGAUGCGAU